AUGAGCCGCGCACCGACAACGGCGGCGCCCGAGCUCGGCGCCGCGCACAAGUGGUACGCCAUCCUCCUCGGCACGAGGCCCGGCUCGACGGCCGACAAGAUCAAGUCGUCCUUUGCGGUCAAGCAGCACUUUGACCGCGCGGCGGAGCUCGACCCCGCCGACCCCACCUCGCGGCACCUGGUCGGGCUGUGGUGCUACGAGGUGGCGAGGCUGUCGUGGCUCGAGCGGAAGGCGGCGAGUGCGCUCUUCGCGUCGCCGCCCGAGGCGACCUACCAGGAGGCGUACACGCACCUCUCCCACGCCGAGCGGCUCGAGCCUGGCUUCUACGCAAACAACCGGCUCCUGCUCGCAAAGUGCUGCUCGGAGAUGGGCCAGAGGCAGGAGGCGCGGGACUGGCUCGCCGAGUGCCUCGCGAUGGAGCCGCGCGACGCCGACGACCGCAAGGCGCUGCAGGAGGCGGCCAAGCUGCGCUAUUGA